AUGUCUCGUCCCAAAAUACACGAUUAUUUUAAGCGAAAAUGUACAGAAUGGAACAUUACCGAGUUUUUAAACGAAAGUAAGGAGGAACCGUUUCAGUUGAAGAUUGGGAGGCAAGUAGAAGUUCUUUUUUUAUUUAAUGUAGAUAGAGUAAGUGGCGUGGCAGGGAAUCUUCAGUCUUUAGGUCGAGCCAGUGCUGGACCCAUGAGGGCACAGUUAAUCUUUAGGGAUCCGAUGCCGAUGUUUGUAGAUGGGACGAUCAAUGGGGCUGUAAACAACGGAACAAUCGGAAGAGUUGGAAAUAUAAAUGGGUUCAUUGCUGGAACAUCCGAAUCAAAAAGAGAUCGGGAAAAAGAUUUAAAUAACGAGAUCGACAACUUCUUCCAAAGUCCUUCCGAACGACAAUCAUCCAAUCUGUUUUUGCGGAAAUCGGAAAUUGAACAAGAUAUUUCCAACGAAACGGGCAACGAGACCGAUCAUGAAUUACAAGAUGAUGCCGAUUCGGAUUUAGAUACAGCAGAUAAUGAGGUAAAUUAUAUCUGGCAUAUGUUGUUAGCUUAUAAAUGUUUACAAUCCUCACCACAUCUACUCUUGAAGGAGGCGAUUGAUGAUCAAGAAGAGGUGAAGGAGGCGACCAAUGAUGUGAAGACAAACAAAACGGGACCACUUAGACUGAGCGAGGCCAAUCGAAGGGAAAUUGACACAGCUUAUAACUUAAUGGACAAGCAAUAUAUGUGGAAACUCUCAUCUGGAAAAUUCGUAGAAGAAGAAUUAUAUAAGCUGGGGAAAAGAUUAGAGUUCGAGCACGCCGUUCAUUCGUUUAUCCUCGAUGUUGAAGAUGAAUUGAUUAUGGAACAUUUUACAGAGACAGAACUUCGAGAGAUAGACAACACAUCUAUUCCAGAAGUACCAGAGCUCUCGAAUGAAAUUGAUGAGUUUCUAAAUAAAUUCCUUGGCAAGACGAACUUAAAUGAAAUCCGUCAAAUAAUAAAAGAAUCAAGUUUUGGUAAUGACUAUGACCAUGAGAAACACCAUGACCUGGAUUAUAUAUGUCUUGCUUUGCAUUCAUUGGUGAGGGAAAUACAAAACGGUAGUAUCAAGGACACGAAUCUCGAGAAUUGGUAUAACUGCCAUGUAUGGAGUGUAGUGUUUGAUCAAGCAUUCGGAGACAUAAGGGCGAUAGCUGUAGUCAGGGGCGAAAGCACAAGCAUAUCAACUGCGACACGAAAAAAUAAAAAAAGGAAAUCAGAGGAACGGCGUAAAAUCGGUCGCAGAGGGGAUUGGAUUCUCAGGGCUGUUGGUAACGGCAAAAAAGAUGAGUUUGGGGCUGGGGAGGCGGGUAAGGAUUGGGUUGACGAACAUGGCACAAAGUACAUUAGAGAAAUUGGGUUAAAACUCCCCAAGACGCUCAAAGACAUGUUAGUAAAUCUGAUGGAAAGAAUAAAGUGGAACGAAGAGGUGCGCAAACAAAUACAAACAAUAGGCAUUAUUCAUGCAGGCCUCACGAUGACAAUAGUAUAUGCUGACAACCCUAAAGGUUACAUCUGCAGGUUUCGGCGUUGCGAUCUGAUGGAAGUCCCCGACACAGUAGAAAAAUUUGAUUCCGUUUUAACGAUCCUGGCAUCUGUUCUGAAUGCAAAGUCUGUAGUCCAAGAGACGGUAAAGAUGGUUCAAACAGGAGGACAGGCUACAAAAUCAUUUAAGAGUGUCGGGCUCCGAAAACGACCUCGAGACGAGAGUCAACAUAAGUUAUCUGCGUGUAUGUCUACUCCAAAGAAAAUGAAAUUAUGCACUAAAGUGAAUAAUAUUAGAAGAUCAUAUCCUGCGUCGCCAUGUCCAGGAUUACCAAAUGCUGAGCUGUUGAUUUAA